AUGUCCGAUAGCGCUCUCAUUGUGAAGGCAAACAACACUAUUCGUGUCCUUGACAAAGACCAUAGAGAUGCGUCUUGCAGAGCACUUUCGAAUAUGUUGUCAACCGAUAUUGCCCAGCAAACAUAUGCCCAAAUCCUCGAUGGACUACCAACUGAAGAGUCACUCUUGGAGGGUUCCCCUUAUAAGCACACCCUAAUGUGCGCUGCUCUUGAUCCUUAUCAUAUGCAGUUUGAUGAAUAUCUUUUGAAAUCGUUUCAAGAUGCCAAUAAGGGCUCUGAAGAAUACAACAUCCGUCUUGUCGAACUCACAGUUGUUGCUUGUCAUCAGAUAGCUGUCUACUUCUUCAAUCUUGACGAUGGAGCACACAAUCAUCAACUUUACCAGGACUGGGCGCAGCAGCGACGAAUGGAACAAAUUUUGACAUCAGAGGUCAGAGACAUUAUCCCACCCUCUGCAUUCUUCCAUACAUCAUACACAUAUUUCGACCAAUAUCCCCAAGGACUUGCAGAUGUUGCUGGAGACUGGGCAGAAGGACGGAUAUUCGGUGGUGUUGUCGUUUUCGACCGUGGCGAGACUGAGUCAGAGUGCAAAUCUAUGUGGAUUCAUGGGGCCAGACUCAGAGGCCCAACGACUCUUUAUCCACCCACGCCAGACCAAUUUGACUCUUUCAUCAACUUUUUACUAUCCGACCCAGAAGAAAGGACCACUUGCCCUCUACCAAUACACGGAAAGAACGAAAACCGCCCUCGGUGGCAUCCAUAUGAUGCACUUGCAAAGUAUCACAUUUUCCGUGACAAGUACGAACGCAGACUUCCACUGGAACAUCCAAAGAGAGAAUGUAUGCUCGUUAAUGCCGACUGGCCAGAAUUGGCCGACGAGUACAUAGUCAAUAAUACGGACUUUAUACGGAGAGAAGGAGGAGUAGUCACUGAUGAGCAGAUUGCAGCUGCAUUGGCGCGCCUAAAAGAGGUGACUCCCUCGUCGCCUUGUUGGCAUCCGAGUCUUGAGAAGAAAUGA